UUCAUUCCGGCGCGACGUUAACUCGAUCUUUCGUUCCGCCUGACAUUAGUUCCGCGGAUCCACGAGACAGACGCGAGUCAUGAGCGCCGAUCAGCCGCGUCCAGAUGUUCUGAUGCCGUUACGAAACCUCUGUAACUCCGUGAAAUGCAGCAGGGAUCGAGUGAGAGAUGGAGAGUCGAAUGAAUGCAGCGGCGCGUUCAGCUUGUCAAACUUCUGGGAGACUCUGAGUGAAGCUGUAAAAUCAACAUCUCAAGAAGCAACAAAACUCAGUGUGAUGUUCUCGAAGGCUCCGUCACAGGAGGACUGUGUGAAGAUAUCUGAAUCUGUUCAGAAGAGCGUGCUGACCUUGUCUACGGUUUACUUCUGGUUACCAGCGAGCCAAGGAGUUUCUCUGAGGAAGGUGGUCAGGGACGCGACGGCCGAGGUUCUGGAUGGACUCGUUCACCUGCUGGAGGCCAUCCUCUCCUCUCCUGGAGAAAGUCUCUCGCAGGAGCAGCUGAUGUCCACCGGAGGCGUCUGGGCCGCGUGUGACCAGUUUGACCAGCUGCCCAAAGAUAACCGCAGUGCUGUGCUGAGCGUCUUGAUAUCGUGUGCUGGUUUGGUGAAGGAUGCUCUGGAGGAGAUGGAGCAGGCUCUGGCCGAGGCUCAGGACCCGUUUGGAGCUGUGUUAGAUGAUGAUGAUGAUGAAGGUCAUCAGGACACGCACUGGUCCGAGGCGGACCGGCUGCUGGUCACUCAGUGUCAGGGGCUGAUGAAGGCGUCUGGAGCGAGUCUGCGCAAACUCUGCUCCGCCGUCAGAAACAACGGCAGCCUGGAGACGGAGGAGAAGGUCACGCAGCUGGACGCUCUCACAGAUGCAGCGAGAGACAUCAGUCCGAGUGUUGAUGACCUGGCCCUCAGUCUCUACCCCCCCGUGGAGCGAUCGGCCGUCGAGCUGAACGUGUGUAAGCUGGUGUGUGUGCUGAAGAAAGUGCUGGAGAUCACCAGGUCCAGUCAUGUGUGUGUGGAGGCUGAUGUUUCCUGGGUGGAGUUUCUGAGCGGCGCGGUCGAACACAACCUGCAGAAGAUCACAUCUCUGCUGCGUGACUGCGGCUCGUAACCGAAGCUUCCCGAGGAACGUCAUGCUGCUGGAGGAUAAACAGAUUUCCCAGAGCUUUCUGAAUGAUUCCUGAUGUUCACAGACGCUUGACCUCUGAUCGCAUGACUUUGCAUUUUUAGUGAAGUUUUCAUAUUAUUUAUAACAUCUGCUCAUGAUAGAUGAUGAUAACCGCUCUUUCUGUAAUCACUCCAAACCUCUUUUAUUAAAUCAAAUUACAAUAUCUUUGUUUAAACUGUUCAUUCUUAAUUAAUGUCUGUUUAUCAAUAUUAACUAAGAUUAACUAAUGCUUUAGACAUAGUUUUCAUUGUUCAUGUUAACUUACCUGUGCUCUGUACAAAUAAAUCUUAAAUUGGACAUUUA